ACACUAAAAAUAACGUUGUUUUUUUUUGUUGUUGUUGUUUUUCUCAAGCAACAAGAAGCAGCGGCAGAUUUAGCCCUCGAGAUGAGCGAACCGGCUGAGCCAGCAGGACAGAUCCAGUUCAGUUUAGAGUUUGAUAUAUAUUCGUCUGUUCUGACUCUGAAGAUUAUUCAAGCCAAGGGGUUGCCGGCUAAAGACGUCACUGGAACUAGCGACCCCUAUGUGAGGAUUUGUUUGCUUCCAGACAGAAAACACAAGCUUGAGACCAAAGUUAAACAUCGAACUUUAAACCCUCGUUGGAACGAAACAUUUUACUUUGAGGGUUAUCCUCUCGCCAAGCUCCAGAAGUCAAUCCUUUACUUACAUGUCUUCGAUUACGACCGCUUCAGUCGUGAUGAUCCAAUAGGAGACGUUUAUCUUCCCCUUUCCCAAGUGGACUUCACCAAGAAGCCUUGUUUGUGGAAGUGUAUCAGAGCAGCGGAAGACACGAAG